AUGGAGGUCUCGUAUAUCUUAUCAAACUACUAUUAUGAUCAUUACCUGAGCCUCUCCUACGAUGAUGGCGUUCCCUAUGAAGAUCCCGACUUUCCCGGUGUCAACCAUGAAGCACAGCGCGAGCUGAUGGCUUAUAGUGAGGGGCGCUUCGAGGGCUACCCUUCAAGAGAAGAAGUUCGUGAGCGAGCCCAGAACCACUCAAAAAGCAUCUUUGCAAGCUAUCAUCAGCUUAACAAGAUACCUGAGAGACAUGAGGCCACUAUCCAAAGAAGAUGGAUAAAAAAGCCCCGCCAACAGAGGCUCCAGAUCCUUCUCAAAAACUGGCCUGAUAUGCCUGUCAGCCAUCGUCCUGACUUCGCGGCUUUCCGACAAGAGCAUGCUGUAGAUCAACACGAAAAUGGAUCCAAACUGAGAGACCAUUUUAUGUGGCCCAUCGUCAACCAAGAAGACUUGUCCGGCCCCAAACUUAUGCUCUUGUUGCUGAAUUCCCGGGGAAGACUUGCUCCUCCUGCCUUUGCAGUUGAUUACGAGGGGCUUUGGUUUGGCAAAGCGACGAGAGGUGUCCAUCCUGAAUUUCUUCAUCACCAUACCGUGAUCAUGCAUGGUGCUACGAACGCUGAGGAAUAUGGAAAGCUUAUUCACUGGGACUCUCACCCAGAUGCCGAAAAGUGGGUGAGAACACGAAGGCAGUUUCUCCCUGGGGAUGCCCUCUUGAUCCUCGAAGUUCAGGAACGUCUCAUGAAAUUUCUUGUUGAUUGCUGCCACCAAAUUCUUCACGAGAUUCCCCCAGACGUCAUGAUAAGCGACCAAUACCCCAUCCAACCCGAGCCAACCUUGAAGACGGACAGCGACGCCUCUGGGUUCGUCUCCCUGGCUGUAAUCACCGCCGAGGCUCCCUACAAACAGCCCGCAGGCCUCGAUCUUAGGCAUCUGCUUAAGGUCCUCGAAGCCAAGAUGUCAGCUGCACAAGAUCAUAUUUGGUCUUUACGAGAAGACCCUGCCUACUUCUCAGAGCAAUUUCGCGAAUACUUGGACCAUCGCGAAGAGAUGCUUCCGGACACCAAUGGUAAACCGCAUCCGGUCACUCAACCACACCGUAUCAAUACCCUCUGGUCCCGUGUGCUUCUCAACAUGGUUGUGCACGCCUAUUCGAACCUACAAUCUUUCACAAUUCUGUAUACUAAAGUCCGGAUGUGCAUCCACCAUGAGGAAUCCGCUCACAACGAUAUCGAUCCUGCGAAGGACUUGCCCCAGACGUAUUUCCACGCUCUGACAUUAUUCAAGUUCUAUCUGGACCAAUCAGUCAUGGUUUCCUUGGAACAGCUCGAGCACUCCGAAUUCGCCUCACCUCCCCUCCGGAAGUUCUUCGCUCGCAUGCCACCUCCAGAUCCUUACACGUCAGAUACGAAUGUGAUUCCCCGUGCUGGGGUCAAGAUUACUGGAGUCGACAAAGAGGUCAUGUUCCUCAUCCAAACGUUGUGGAAGGAUGACUGGGGGCUCUUUAUAGCACGCUUGCCGCUCGUCGUUGAUGAGCUAGAGCGGUUGAUGCAGGCAAACCCCAAAGCAGAUGCACUCAUAUCGGCUCAUGUCGCCAAGAUACUUGGUGAUAUUGCUAUUAUAGCACAGUGUCUCAAACAGCUGGAGCUGUACCAGCCAUGGGCCGCUCAGUUCGAUGAGACUAUUCAAUCUUACAUUGAAAUAUACCGAGAUUCUUGGAAGAACAUGGGGCCCGAUUUUCGGCAAUUGCAUGAUGCCUUCCUGAGGAAAGAGUUUGAUGAAGCAGCUAGGCUCGCUGAGCCAUCAGGUGGGAAAUUUACCUAUCCGUAUAGCAAACGCCGUACCAAAGAGACAGUAGAUACCAUGCGCCGAGCUGAAGCGAACCUGGAUAUAGUCUGGACCAAGAUCGACCAGAUCAUUACAAAGAACGUUACAGGGUUUGGGGAUAAUGUUUCCAUGGUCUUCCAUAUGUUUUCAGCAUCGCGGACCCUCCGAAGGACGCCUGAGUGGGUUGAGCCUAUCAAGAGCGACUCGAAGGCCGAGUCUAUUACGAAACGAGAUCUGUGGGAGCUCAACAAACCACUUUCGAAACUGUUUCUAGACGAGCCUGCGCAGGAACCUAAGAAGUUCAAACCAGAAGUCAAGGCAAAGACCAAGGUUAAGACCAAGCGCGAACAGACAGAGCCCGCCACUGCGGAGGAGGCGAAACCGCCGGCUGUUAUAGCAGAACCAGAGCCUGAAGCCACGCAGCCCACAUUUGCUGUUGAUGCUAAGGCGCUCAAGGUGUUCCGUACUCUGUUCUUCGAUCCUGAGGUAACAUCGACUCCGGGCUUGAUCCCGUGGAACGACUUCCUAUAUGCGAUGGCGGCAACUGGCUUCAAGAUUGAGAAGCUGUAUGGCUCGGUCUGGCAGUUUACUCCAACUAAGCUGAACGUUGAGCGCAGUAUCCAUUUCCACGAACCGCAUCCAAUGGGUAAGAUUCCUUUUGAGACGGCUAGACGACAUGGUCGACGAUUGGCGAGGGCUUAUGGAUGGCACGGGGCAAAUGAUUCACGAAUUGGAAACUACCAGCAUAAGCGAGCAUGCCUUGCGACACUGAUCACCCAGAAUGAAAACCACAACUCAUACCACACGAUGGAGCAAGCGAAAUGUCUAUAUAUGAUGAAGGAGACGGCUUACGGGCACGGCCUUUUCGCCAAAGAACUCAUCAAGGCUGGGACACGCAUCAUUCACGAAAAACCGAUUCUGGCUGUCUCACAAGAGGAGACCAAGACGAAAGCCGAGUAUAGAUGUGUCGUUGAUCAAGUCGCGGACCUGAGCCACUCAGACAAACAGCGAUUGAUGGAUCUGUACCACAACGAUAAAAAGCUGCGCGAAUUUUCAUUCCUCCAGGGUCAACCUUGUCCUGGGACGAAUCUCGAUGCAGGAAUUGUCCUGGCAAAAUUCUAUACAAACGCUGCGAACAUCACAUUCGGGGGUCUCGAAUGCGGGCUGUUCACAACUUUCUGUCGCAUGAAUCACUCAUGCACACCAAACAUAUGUUGGGUGUAUGAUGAGCCAACGGGGUUCAUGGAAGUAUACGCAGUGAGGGAUAUCGACAAAGAUGAGGAGAUCACCAACUCAUACGUCGAAGUCGCGAUUUCUCACGAGGCGAGGAUGAAGGAGCUGUCCAACUGGGGGUUCACGUGUCGAUGCACUGCCUGUGAAGGACCAGAUGCUGCGAAGCAUGAUGAGCGAAGGCGCAGGAUUGCACAGAUCAAGGGCAUUCUCGACAUUUAUCAGGAUACGGGAAAAUCGGGCGACGCACCGAAGUUCGCUGAGACUCCAAAGACAGAUCUGGAAGCAUUGAGGCUCGGCGAAGAAAGUCUUGCACUGUUAUCGGUCGAGGGGCUCAUCGAGCAACUGGGUGUCAUGUAUGGGCUGUGUGCUAAGUUUGCCAAAGGCGCUGGGCUAGAUGACUUUGCGGAGGAUUAUGAGGAGAUGGAGUUUGAGAUUUUGGUGAUAACGACUGGAGAGUAUGUCGAUUGA